AUGGACGAAGGCCCCGGAGAUGACAUUCCGACGCUCUCCAUCAUCCCUUACGACAACAACCGUGAGAUCGUGCUCCGCCACGCAGACACGAUUGUUUACCGUGAUCCGAGAACCAACCAACUAGUUCCCUUCCAUCGAAACCAGGAUGUAGAACGACGCUCUUCCGACUGCCCAACGUGCGGUCGCCCAUGGCAUAGACAAGGAUCCUCAAGCACCCAAGAUCCUGGAUCAAGCCCAAUGGAAGAUCAACCGAGUUUCAUCACAGAGGGCUAUUUUGAAAUGCUCGCUCGAAGUCUUCCUGGUUCAAACGAAACAUCUGCACCUCCUUCCCCGAGACGCCGAAUCGUCCAACCCAUCCGCUCGCGGCUUCAUCCUUCCUCGGCCGCUGUGUCGCCGCCUCUAAAUGCAGAGUUUAUUGCCAGUGCUCCGGUGCCUGCUAGUCAAGCCCACGGGAUCUCGGAGACGGCCUUCUCCCCAAACUACUUCGAGAAGUUCUUUGUCGAAGAAAGAGAGCUCGGAAGAGGUGGCCGAGGCGUUGUUCUGUUGGUCAAACAUGUCCUCGACGGCGUUACCCUAGGUCAUUUUGCUUGCAAACGCGUUCCCAUUGGAGAUGACCAUGCGUGGUUGGAGAAGGUCCUUGUCGAGGUCCAGCUUCUGCAGACUUUGUCGCACCAAAACCUAGUGUCGUACCGGCACGUUUGGUUGGAAGACUUCCAAAUCAGCACGUUUGGCCCAAGCGUCCCCUGCGCAUUCAUUCUGCAGCAAUACUGUAAUGGAGGAGAUAUGCAGAAUUACGUCCUAGGCUCCGCGCAAGCAUCCACAACGACCCAAGAACUAAAAGAACGGAUUCGUCGGAAGUCAAGGGGAGAGUCAGACCUGCCUCGGCGGCCCAAUGAACCCAAAAAGUUGCAUUUCGACGAGAUUUACAACUUUUUCAAAGACAUCACAUCCGGCUUGAGGCAUCUUCAUCACGCCGGCUUCAUCCAUCGAGACCUGAAACCGAGCAACUGCCUCUUACACACUGUCGGGGGUGAGACCAGAGUCCUAGUCAGCGACUUUGGCGAAGUCCAGUACGAAUAUGCUACUCGAAAAUCCACCGGCGCUACAGGGACGAUAUCGUAUUGUGCGCCUGAAGUGCUCCGACGCAUCUCUCCAGGUGGACCGUUUGAGAACUUUACGUCAAAGUCCGACAUCUUCUCAUUGGGCAUGAUUCUACAUUUUCUGUGCUUUGCAAACCUUCCCUACAAUUCCGCAAAUGUCCUUCACGAAGAGCGUGAAGACAUAGAUGAAUUGAGAGCAGAAAUUACUCGCUGGGGAGGAUUUGACGAUCAGCGCAAGUUACGCCCCGAACUACCGCCUGCACUCUACUCUUUCCUCAAGCGACUUCUGUCCUUGAACCCAGAUGAACGGCCAAGCGCAGACGAUGUCCUUCAGGUCGUCUCUUCUGGUCGACUUGAUGAUAUUCCUCCCGCACGGAGGCGGAACUCUAUGGAACCAGAGGAAUUAACUCCAGGCCGACGGAUCCAAAAGUUGGAUACACCACAGAAGGGGAACUCUCCCCAGGGAAGACCAAAGCGCGAUGUCCCUUCUAGACCAAAGCGAUCAUUCUUUCGAUCCCCGAGAUCUGUGUCUCAAGAGCCGAGAGGAUCCGAAGCAGUAAUCAGCGACCAUGGGUACACAAGCGGCAGCGAAGCAGACCGGGAGCAACUCGCACGCAAAGCAUCCGCGUCGACACGGCGCGAGUCUGCAAAACUCAAGCUUAAUAGCACUAUGAUCUUCCGGGCAAAGCAUGCCUCAUCGUCCCUUCCAUCUUCACCUUUACCAAAAUCCCCUACACCAUCCCCGGCCCGGCAACAGCUCCUCCUUGAACCUGCACAACAGCUUGAUCGGCCGGCUCUAUCUCUAUUGCUCGAUCCAUUCUAUACUUUCGUCAACGCACCCAUCACCUCCCCCUCUACCCGCCUCGCUAUACUCGGAGUAAAACUAUUUACCACCCUCCAACCCUGCCUAUCACAAGGCAUGAAUGCGAUAGUCGUCUAUCCUAUCAUCGCCAUCGCAUUGCUGGAGUUCUCAUUGACGCAUUUACGGAUAUGGAAAGCUGGGGUAGCUAUGCUGGCUCAUUUCUUUGUGCUUGCCUUAGCGUGGAGAACGGAUAGGUUAUGUCGGAGUUCCGAUGGUUGGUGGAUGCAUUGGGAUGGUGAAUGA